UUUACUUGCAGUCUCAUUUUUUCAAUCAGCAAGCUCACGUCGGCGGCUACUAGUAUUUUUGGUGGGUAGGCGAAAAUGGUGAAAGGACGCCAAGGUGAACGUGUCAGACUCUACACCAGGGGAACUGUUCUCGGUUACAAGAGGUCAAAGUCGAACCAGUAUCCGAACACGUCGUUGGUUCAGAUUGAGGGAGUGAACACAAAGGAAGAGGUAGCAUGGUACCAAGGGAAACGUAUGGCGUACAUUUACAAAGCUAAGGUGAAGAAGGAUGGAUCGCACUAUCGUUGCAUUUGGGGAAAGGUUACUAGGCCCCACGGUAACACUGGUAUCGUUCGUGCCAAGUUCACGUCCAAUCUUCCUCCUAAAGCCAUGGGUGCUAGAGUUAGGGUGUUCAUGUACCCAAGCAACAUCUAAGUUUCUAGCCGAGGGGAGAAAAGAAGAUGUUGGUGGUGUUUAAAUGGUUUCCUAUAACAAUUUUGUGAUCGUUACUUUUGUUUAAUGGGAUAUAUGUAAAGCAAUGAGAUUCUGUGGCACUUGAUGAUGCUACAAAAUUCUUAUGUUUAAGUGAAUUUGAAUUUAUGUUUAAUUUAGCUAAUCGAGCAGACUUUGGAAUUAA